AGUAACUGUCUGUAAGUUAGAGAUCGUCAGUUUCAUUUCAUAUCUAGAGAUCGACUUUUGUUACGUUGGUUGAUGGCAACUCAUCAUCAGUGGGCAUAUGGGAUUCCUGCUCCUCCUCCUCUUAGUGUAGUAGGGGAGGGAUUCUGUGUUCCUUACCCCGUAGACUUGAUAGUUAAGAAGAAGAUCGUUGGAUUGUCUGAUGCCCGCUUCGAGGUGAUGGAUGCUAAUGGAAACCUCCUUCUCCAAGUCGACGGUAGCCUUUGGAGCCUCCAGAAGAAAAGGGUCAUGCGUGAUUCUGCUGGUUUUCCUAUCCUUACUAUGCGUGAGAAGGUUCUUACUGCAAGGCACCGAUGGACGGUUCAUCGAGGGGAUAGCUCCGAUGGGAGCAAUCUUCUCUUCAGUGUACAGAGAUCUCAUCCUCUCCAAAUCAAGACCCAACUGGAUGUAUUCUUGGCAAAUAAUUUUCAUGAAGAUAUUUGCAAUUUCAAUGUGACUGGGAGCUACUCCGACCAGUCCUGCAGAGUUUAUAAAGGCGAUACCUUGAUUGCCGAGGCUAAUCACAAAUUCACAUGGGGCAGAUUUUGCAAAGGAAAGGACAAUUUCACCGUGAAGGUUAACCCUGGUGUGGAUUAUGCUUUUAUUGUGACACUGAUUGUAAUCCUUAAUGAGAAUGAUAUUGUAUAAAUAUGACUAGCUUCCACAACCAGAAAAUAUAUGUCAU